AUGAAGGAAAUGAUGGGGCAUCACAAGACAGACAUGGAGGUUGUUGCCAGAUCGAUUUCCGGAAAGGCUGCAGAGUCAAACGUGGAACUUCCCCCACUAAAAAUUCCACCAUUUUCAGGGGAUUUUUCGGAAUGGCAGCAGUUUUAUGAAUUCUUUAGAAUAACGAUUCAUGAGAAGGACAACCUCAAACCCAUUCAGAAAUUCCAAUACCUGAGGGGAGCUCUGUCCGUUGAGGCCAAAGCACGAAUAAAGCAUUUUGCCAUGACAGAAGCAAAUUACCAAGAGGCUUGGGAAAUGCUUGUCAACCGCUACAACAAACCCAGGAACAUCAUCUUCGACCACAUUAAGAGAUUCAUAACUCAAGCCAAGAAGACUGCUGUUAACCCAUCAGGCCUCCGGGAAUCAUUCAACACAUUUGAAGAGGUUAUCAGAGGAAUGGAUGCCCUCAAAAACACAACCAGAGAUCCAUGGCUAAUCUACAUUGCACUAGAAGCUCUCGAUCAGGAAAGCAAGAAUCUCUGGUCUCGCACUCCUCUACAAGGUGCUGUUCAAACUUGGGAUGAAUUCAUGCAGUUUCUCGAGGACAGGUGCGAUUCUUGGGCAUCAUGUUGGGAGAAAAAGUCAGAUAGUAAGCCUGCAUUGCCCAUCCCAGCACCCAAAGCUGUUUCAGCACAGAAGUCAAAGACACAACCCCAACAAACAAACUCAUUUGUGACUACAGUCGACAAUGUGAGGAAAUGUCGCAUAUGUUCCACUGGAAAUCAUGUCGAAUUCCAGUGCUCAAAGCUUUUGGAGGCUUCACCAGCAGAAAGAUUGGAGCUUGUAAAGACUAGCAAGCUGUGUUUCAAUUGUCUACGCGCAUCCCAUUCAGUUCAAAGCUGCCGUUCGAGCACUUGCAGGAUCUGCUAUGCUCGUCAUAACACGCUUUUGCAUGAGUCAUUCAACAAGGCGAAUACUCCACAAACAGAUGAAAAGUCUGAAUCACAAAAAUCGUCAGCAGGGGAAAAAUCAGCCCCAACCCCAAGUAAUACUCUGGUGAAUCACGUGACACUUCACGCUCAGUGA